GGUCGUGCAGUCCGGCUCUGUUUUGAAUGUAGCUGCUUGUUGAGGUGCUGUGCAGUUGUCUGGGUUUAUGGAUUCGCUGACUGUGGAAAAUGUACUUCUCUAUAGUGGUCCUUGUCCUGACUAAGGCUCUGGUCACAGAUGUAUGUCACGCUCUCAAUGUGACACUGACCCCUGGACCUGUUGUCAUGGUAACAGAGAAAGACAACGUGACCCUGUCCUGCCUGGUAUCUCAGAGGAAGAGGAGCAGCAGCGUUCUCAUCCUUCGCUGGUUCUUCUCACCUCUUGCUGCUCCCACUCUCCUGCCUCCUCCAUCCUCUCCAUCCCCAUCUCCCCCUGCCCUGGACCCCUCUCAAUUUCUGAUCGUGAAGAUGGGCAUAAAGAAAAUGAAGCUGUACGGCAACUACACCCGUCGUUUCCCCCAGCCAAAGUUUCGCUUGUACGAGGAGGCGGAGGGGGAGCUGUACCGAUUGCGGAUUUUCAGUGUGGCAGGGGCGGAUCAAGGGUUCUACACCUGCAAAGUUCAGGAGAUCCGCAAAUACAGAAACACGUGGAGAUCAUCGUCCAAUGGUACCAGCACCACACAGCUGACAGUGCACUUUACUCUGGAGGACAGCAGCAGUGAAGGACUGUGGCGUUUAUUUGCAGAUGUGUAUCUGUAUGCUGUGCUGAUCUGCUCACUGGGCCUGUUGUCCAUCUUCCUGUUCACUCUGGUUCUCACGUGCCAGUACUUUCACAGACGACACCGACUCAAAGCCAGUUAUCUCCUGGUCAAGUGUCCAGAAAGCAGCUCAGGAGAGACUGUAACCAGCUCCAGCAGUUCCUCCAGUUCCUCUCCAAGAGCGCAGAGGAAAGACACCAGACAGAAAACUGACAGAAGAGUUGCAGUAACGCCACCCAAACUACCUGUAGAGCCUCCACCGCACAUACCAGCCAAAGUGCCUGUUCCUGCAAAGAGACCCCAAAAGCCCAGAAGGUUAAAGACUCAGCCGAGGAGAUCUGCUGCUCCUCGAGUAUCACAGGAGGACAGUCUGACAUAUGCAGAACUGGAACUGGUGAGACCGAGGCCGGAGCCCCAGGCCUACUCCACCACCCCGGACCCAGCACCCUCAAGCCCGGACACUGUGUAUGCUCAGAUCCUCUUCCAGGAGAGGCAGCUGUAAACACAGCAGCUUGGUACCUCCUCCAGUGAAGGCAGAGAUCCAGCUCUGACUGAGUGGUAUCAAAAAGGACUAUAGCCUAUUUAUGAACUAUCAAUAUGGCAAUUAGCUUUUGUUUUUUGGCUGCAAGUUCGCUACAGCUGCUGGUAAAUGAGGCUUUUGUGUUUCCUCACGGCAGUUUUUUUGGGUCUUAUAAUUCAGUUGUUUUGUUUCUUGGCAUCGUUGGCCUGUGAGCCAGAUGUUUAUAAGAAUGUUGUUACUGGUAACUAUUCUGUAUAAACUCAGGAGACCGUGUGGAGGUGUGUGUUGUCCAUGCUCUAACUGCAGCAUCAUGUUGCCACUGCAACACUCGGCUUUUUAAAUGCAUUAUAGCUCUAAUGAACAAAAAUGAAUAAACGUAUGCCUGGGUCUGA